UCCAGUUUCUUGCUUCCAACCUCCCUCCUUUCCUCUUCUUCCGCCAAUCGCCUUCUACCAGGUACACGGAUUAAAAUUUCGCACCGGUUUUUGUUACCAGCACUGAUGGGUGUCCAGGAAAAGAAUGAAGGCACACUGUCAAAUGGCUCUACUGCAGCAAAUAAUUGCCUUUCCAAUGAUGGGGCACAAUUGGAUCCACUGAUGCGUGUCAGUUCCCUAUCUUCCUAUGGCAAUGAAAAUGCAUUGAAGGUUAGGAAACCCUACACUAUUUCGAAACAAAGGGAAAAAUGGACAGAGGAAGAGCAUCAGAAGUUCCUCGAAGCUCUGAAGCUCUAUGGUCGUGGGUGGCGUCAGAUCAAAGAACAUGUAGGCACCAAAACAGCUGUUCAGAUCCGAAGCCAUGCUCAGAAAUUCUUCUCUAAGGUUGUGCGAGAGUCUAGUGGCAGCAAUGAGAGCUCCAUAAACCCAAUUGAGAUUCCUCCACCUCGACCAAAAAGGAAACCACUGCAUCCUUACCCUCGUAAAGCAGUUGAUUCUCUUAAGGCAAUCUCAGUUGCAAGAGAACCAGAGAGGUCUCCAUCCCCAAACCUAUCAGUUGCCGAAAAGGAGACCCAAUCACCCACUUCCGUAUUGACUGCAUUUAGUUCGGAUGAUCAGAUUUCUGUGGUUUCAGAGCAACAAAAUAGAUGUCCAUCACCUAUUUCGCAAGCUGUUGACAUGCAGUCAACUAGAUUAUCCCCGGCCAGGAAGGGGGAGCUGUACCUUCCAUCAAAAUCAAGUGGAGGAGAAGAGAAAGGAAUGCUAUCACUCGAAUCAUCCUCUGAGCGGUUCCCAGAAGACUUUUUAACACUGAAAUUCAAGCCUGGAUCAGCACGUAUGAAAGUAGAUAACAAGUCGCAUUCUCCUGUUAGAAGCAUAAAGCUUUUUGGAAGGACAGUUAUGGUAACUGAUGACAAAAAACUAUCCCCUACUAACACCGUAUUAACUGAAUCCCUGGAAUUUGACGAUGAGAGUAAGAAUAAGUGUGAAGUGUAUGCGGAGAAGCCUGUUCAGAUGCUACCUUCAAAACACUUGGAUGUAAAUUUAUGUCUUGGAAUGGAUAAAGGUGAUUCGAAUAUGUCACCUGGUGAAGCACCUACUAACACCGCAGGGAAUCAGGAAAAAAAUGUCCUUCAUGUUAAGGCCGUUCCUAAUGCCUCUCAAACAUGUUGGUCUUUGUAUCAAAAUGUACCAUGUUUUUAUCUUGCUCCAUCUGACCAAACUUCAGCUGGAACGUGUACUGAUCAUGUUAUGGAAGAAAGGAUGCAAAAUGACAAUUCCAUGGAAAGUUCUUGUGCGGAUUCAUAUUCUGGUUCUCAGGGUAAGGAUAGGAACGAAAAUGAGAAGCCAGAAGCACAAUGUCAGGAGCCUUGUGUGGUAGGAAGAGGAAAUGCAAGUGAAAGUAAGAAGGGGUUUGUGCCGUACAAGAGAUGCUUGGCUCAGAGAGAUACAAGCUCUUCGCUGAUUGUUUCAGAAGAGAGAGAGGGUCGGAGAGCUCGGAUUUGCUCAUAGCCUCUGCAAAAUCUAGCGGAAUUGGUCCAGCAAACAGAUUUAAGGUCGUCGAUGAAAGGAAAUAACAAAGAACCUCUGACAUGGGUUUUUGAGUUCUCUCUCUUUUGCUCGAGACGAAAAAUGGAGGCCAGAUUUGUAGCAUACUCAAAGCAACAGGAUGGGCAAAGCUCAUGGCUUUUCCGUUUUAACAUUGGGGGGAUAUUCGAGUGACAAUUAUUCAAUCUGUAAAACAUACGAUGUUGCUCUAUGACUUCUGACAUAUUUGAAAAUCUUAUUUUUGGAGGUUUUUAUUCACUUUUUUCACAUAGUUAACUUUGAUUUCCUCAGCAAUA